AUGACUGAGGUCUCGUCCACCCGACUCUAUCUCGGGAAUCUCCCCCGCAAUGUGACUAAACAGGAUAUCGAGGAACAUUUCAGCACCCAUGGUUCCGGAAAGAUUACAGAAAUCAAGCUCAUGAAUGGCUUCGGUUUCAUCGAAUACGAGGAUGCGAUGGAUGCUAGAGAUGUUGUACCCGACGGCAGUGACUUCAAAGGCGAGCGCCUCACCGUGCAAUUUGCCCGUGGACCGCGCCGCAAGGAGAACUUCCCUGGCCCAAUGGACCGUCCCAACAUGCCUCGUCCGCGUCGCACGAUCUUUCGCAUGAUGGUUUCUGGACUCCCGGAAACAAGUUGGCAGGAUCUUAAAGACUUUGCACGUCAGUCUGGCUUGGACGUGGUUUACUCUGAAACUGGCCGUGAACUCGGCAGAGGAUUCGUGGAAUUCGAGACCGCCAACGACCUGAAGACGGCCAUUGAGAAGCUGGACGGACGUGAAUUCAAAGGCUCCCGCGUAACUUGCAUUGCCGAUAUUCAAACCUACCCGGAUGAACGUGCCAUUCGUGACCCGUACCGAUCUCGGUCCCCUCGUCGGAGUUACCCGCCCAUGGAUGAGUAUGACCGGCGGUUCCCUGCGCCGCGUGGCUACAGCCCCCGUGCUCACUAUCGGGAACGCUCCCCCAUCCCAAUUCGGAGGGACUAUUAUGACCGGGAUGGAUACGGACGCCGCACUCCUCCCCGUCCUCGGAUGGAAGACUACCCUCCCCCGCGACGUCCCUACGAUGACCCCUACGAUGUCCGCCCACCCCCACCACCUCGCCAUUAUGAUGACCCGUACGCCCCCCCUCGCCCUUAUGGACGGCCUCGUAGUCCACCUCGGGGCGAGUACAUGCCUUACGACCGCCGCGGAUACUGCGCAUGGCGGAUACCCAUUGUGCAUGCUUCCCCCCUUUGUUCUCUUGUUGAACUGGUUUCCCUUUCAUGGCCGCUCCGGAUGAGUUGA